AUGUCUUCCAAGAGAAUCGGGCCACCGCCUUCGGACGCCGGAAUACUCUCCCGCGUGUCGUACUCCGUCUCCCAGUCUCCCAUAGUGUACCACGGCAAGAAGGCCGCCGCCGACACCGCCUUCGUGGCGAAGAAGCUGUUGAGGAGCACCGGAAAAGCCGCGUGGAUCGCGGGGACCACCUUCCUCGUCCUGGUCGUGCCGCUGAUCAUCGAGAUGGAUCGCGAGCAGCAGUUCAACGAGCUCGAGCUGCAGCAGGCUAGCUUGCUCGGCGCCCCCCCUGCUAAGUAA